UAUGGCACAGGAAGUGAUAGUGCAGGGAGUGAAUAUAAUGAACAUUCUGAUAAUAGUGGAUUACAAGACGAAUGGCCAUCUAUCAGAGAAGCAUUAGCUACUGUACUCGGUAUGUAG